GAUGACGACACUGUAGCGAAUAGCAGCGUGUAAACUUUGUAUUGGAACCGGGUGUGAAGGAUGGUAGAUUCACACGGCUGUGAAAACAUAUAUAUUUGGAACUGGAUUUUUGAGAACUUUGUGUGAAUAGCGCAUAAAAUGCACUGAAUUCUCAUUCACUAAGAAGAUAGAAAUCUCCAGAGUAUAUUCCAAUAAUUAUAUAAGAUAGCCUAGGUUUGCGUUUUACUUCAAUCAAUAAAGUAGCUAGCCUACAACUCUACUACUAACUAAGGCUUUGUGGGCAGACGUGUUGGGCAUCAUGAAUUUUGAAAUUCCGCCUGGCCUUACUGAUUUGCUCCAGGAUUUUACUGUAGCAGUAUUGAAAGAGAAACCAGAUGAUUUAGUCGAAUUUGCUGCCGAAUAUUUCAAUAAACUGAAGGACAGUAAAGGAAGUGUAACUUCGAGUAAACGAGGAGUAGCAUUUGAAGAUGACGAUGCACAAUCCGACUCUGAUUUCUCUGAACCACCGGCAGAUCUUCCAAAGAGGUAUGUAACAGGAAGAAGAAAAUCAGGUAAGUUUAUAUCAUACAUGCUAUUUUAUUUUAGUACUGUACUUUAUAUUUAA